UCUGGCUGUUCUCUCAUGAACGACAAGGGAUGGCCCUAGGAGUCCUAGCACAGCAGUUGGGACCACAUAAGAGAGCUGUGGCCUACUUCUCCAAGCAGCUAGAUGAAGUAAGUAAAGGAUGGCCAGGCUGUCUGAGGGCAGUGGCCGCAGUGAUAAUUAACAUAGAAGAGGCCAGGAAGCUCACGUUGGGUCAAAAGGUGACUGUGCUAGUAUCUCACACUGUGUCGGCUGUGCUGGAACAGAAAGGCAAUCAUUGGUUGUCGCCCUCCAGAUUCCUAAAAUACCAGGCCAUCCUGGCUGAAUCAGAUGACGUAACUAUUCAGGUAACUAACAUUGUGAACCCAGCUUCCUUUCUAGAAGGGAGAGCCCCAGCAGAAUCCAUCGAACACGACUGCCUGGAAACAAUUGAAGCCGUCUACUCCAGUCGUCUGGAUCUCAAAGAGGAGCCGUUCGAAGAUGCAGACAACUGGUUCUCGGAUGGCAGCAGCUUCGUGAAGCAGGGAGUAAGACUGGCUGGCUAUGCAAUUACUACCACAGAAGAAGUAAUUGAGUCAAACCCUUUGCCUGCGGGGACUUCAGCCCAAAAGGCAGAGCUGAUAGCUCUGACUCGAGCUCUGGAAUUGGCAGAGAACAUGCAAAUUAAUAUAUGGACAGACUCUAAAUAUGCCUUUUCUGUUGUGCAUGCCCAUGGGGCCAUCUGGAAAGAAAGAGGACUGUUGACUACACAAGGGAAAACAGUCAAGCAUGCAGAGGAGGUUCUACGAUUGCUAAAGGCGGUCCAACUCCCAGCACAAGUGGCCAUAAUGCAUUGUAAGGGACACCUGAAAGGUAAUACUAUUCCAGAAAUAGGGAACAGGAAGGCAGAUACAGAAGCUAAAUUGGCUGCCACAAGGGCUAGGGAAGUGAAAGUAAUGGCCCUAAUACCAGGAGAGCUGGAUACCAACAUCCAGCCAGAUUACCAGGAAUCAGAUCAUAGAUGGAUUCAAAGGAAUAAGGGCAAAAUACUAGAAAAUGGUUGGGGUAGAUUGGAAACGGGACAGCUAGUAAUACCAGGAAACGUGAUGUGGCAGUUUGUAAAAGCAGAACAUGAAAAAGCCCACUGGGGCUUGGAUCCGCUCUAUCAGUACCUGCAAGCUAGGAUAGCAGGGCCAAAAUUAUUUACCACCAUAAAACAUGUCACAUCCCAGUGUGAGCGAUGCCUGAAGAACAACCCGAAUACAGGGACUAGGAUACACCAGGGAGCAAUAAAUCAAGAAUCUUUUAGGAAAACCCCUACAAGAGAAGUGGGAAGGACCCUUCCAAGUGCUGCUGACUACCUUCACCGCGGUUCGGAUCAAGGAGCGACCUGCGUGGAUCCACUACUCACGGGUCAAGAAAGCUCCGGAGAACAAACAGGAGCAGACAUCAUGAUCCUGACUCCACCUCAAACCUUUACAACUUUGAUCAUUGGACUCUCGAUAAGUAAAAUUAUUAUUAGACCCCACUUAUUCUCUGAAGAAGGUGCAGAUGAACAUUCAUGCCGAUGUUACGCAUUUGCAGAAGGAUAGCCGACCAUUUAUACAGCAAAGCCUCAAGGGAUGGAAUGCAUGGCUAGCGACAAGGUCUUAUCACAGGAGGGCACAAAGAGAUCUUAGUGGGUGGGUCGGCACCGGAUUUGGUAUAUUAAACACGAUAGAUCAAGAGGUAUUAGUGAACAAAUUAAGCACCGUCACGACGAACCUGGGAAAGCUUAAGAUGCCCCUCAGUUCAUCCAUGCUUACAUUAGCAGAAACACAAUCGCUAGUAGUAAAAUUACUAACCAUGGUAGCAAACCAUACUGCAGAGGAUUUUGUGAAGCUUGUUAAUUAUACAGGGGAAUUUAGCAAAGACAUUGCGCUCACUAUCCAAUGCCCUCAGACGCAACAAUGGGUACAAUCAGUAGCGGCAGGAAUAAUAAGAGAAGGAACGUCAGGUAUAUUACCUCAAGAAAUAAGGGAAACAAUAUUAAAGGACAAUCACACCACACAAUUCGAGAAAGACCACCAAGCCUGGUGGCAAUUAGUAAAUUUCACUUAUGAACCCCAACAAGAACACAUUGAAGCCUAUGUCCUCACCAUUAGUGCGGCAGAGGAAAGAGCUAUCUUUCCCAUCCUCACUCUAGGGACAAUACAUCAGGGUGUCGUUGUCAAGCCAAUAGACCAUAAUGUCUGGGCCAGUUAUGAUUAUACCAAAAAGAGGUGGCAAUCGAUUAGCACAGAAGCAUGUAUUCCUAGGGGACAGUUAGGCUAUGUUUGUGAAAACGCCGUGGUAGAAGCAGAAGAUUUAUGCUUAGAUGCUGAGAAUAGUGUAUGUACCUUUGAAAUGCUUCCGCAUAAUAGAACACAAUCACAAGUCUACUAUAUAGGGAAUGGGUGUGCUUGCGUGAGGACAGCUUGUGACAACGUCAUUAUAGAUGGUUGCCAAGAAGAGACUAACAAUACUAACUUUUGUGUAUGCAAUUUUACCAAGAUAAUAGGUUGUGAUUUUCAUUAUACUGUCCCAAUAACUACCCAACAGCUAAUUAACGCAGAUUUUAACCUAUAUCAAGAGAUACCGAAAUUACAAAUAGGGAUGGACGUUGAAAUUCUUAAAGCAAUGCUCGCACAUCCUAAAGUGAAGGAAUUGGUGCAAAAGGUGAAUCAAACGACUAAACGAAUGAUAUGGCAGGUGGAACAUAAUUCAGAGAAAAUAAAGGAUGUCCUGACCAAAGCAGAACAAGUAGGUCAGCAUCAUUGGUGGGAUAUCUUUACAGGAUAUUCCCCAACAGCUACACAGGUCUUCAACUACCUGGUGCACCCAAUGCUAAUAGUAAUUGUAGCUCUGUUACUGUUAACUUUCACAAAUAUUUGCAUGUGGUGGAGACUAAGGAUUAUAAUGAAAAGAACUCAAAUGGUUUGGGCUAUGGUACGAGCGUAUCAGCGCCCUAUAGGAAUAGAAUUAGACGAAAGAAUUCGUAUGUUAUAAGAAAAGGGGGGAAAUGAAGCCCCAAACUGCCCAUCCGAUCAGCAUUUUACUACUGCACAAGAACAUAACUUUGUUAUCAAAAUGCUUAGGCAGAGCCACAGACUGAAAAUCAACCCUGAGCAGUCCUAUCCCAUUCCCAUCCUAUUAGCUACUCACGCGAACCCUAACACUAGAGCCAUAUCCCAUAUCACCGGCGGGUGGUCUCAUGUUAGGUACAAGGGGAUUCGCCCCCAUCCACACUCAGGAAUUGCCGAUGAUGCUGUAUGAUAGGUUAUUCAUUAAUCCGGAAGCAAUCCUGGAAUUAUUGAUAAUGCUGUAUGAUAGGUUAUUCAUUAAUCCAGAAGCAAUCCUGGUGGAUCCUUCUGUUUGAAGUUUGGUAAGCAGGGCAAACAAUAAAGAGAGAUAGGGAUAAGGGAAUUGACGAGCUAAGCAUGAUCAGAGCUAAUAAUGUCAAACUGACCCUAAGAGCCGUGCCAAUGUCAAACUGACCCUAAGAGCCGUGCCAAGCCAUGGGAACCAAGCCAAGUACACCGGGAAUUGACCAUAUUAGGAUAGGAGUUCAAAAGUUUAAAGAGGAAGACUCAUCAGAAGACCCUUGCCCGCGAUGAAGGCACCGGAAGGACCACCAAGAAUAAUCCUCAAAAUAGAUGUCUCCGCCCACGCUCUGCCCACACCACGCCUCUUAUGAAUAUGAUGUAACCCUGCACCCAAGACUGUAUAAAAGCUUGCUUCUGUCAUGAGAUAGCUAGAAAUCCCUUUUGUGAUUUCUCCGACGCGUCGUAAUAAAAUACCUCCUGUCUAU